AUGGCACCCGUUCCAGAUCUAUCUACCAUGAGCAUCAGAGAGAAUCAAACCCUAACCCCUGACGAGGGUCCCGGUAAAACAACCAUCGAGAACCAAACGGUUGCAGACGCUCUCUACGACGACCUCAGCUUCGAGACGUUCAUGGUUCUCUACACUUUCCUCGACUGUGGUUUCCUUCACCUCACCAGCAUCAUCGGCGUCGUCGGCAACAUCCUCAACAUCAUCAUUCUCGGGUCUCACGGCAUGGACGAGACUACAAACAUCCUUCUCAUGUCCUUGUCGGUCAGUGACCUUUUGACCUCGUUGUUCUUCUUCUCGGAGAGUCUAUGCUGCGUUGUUUCAAAAUUCGACUACCCGACUUCCGCUUACGUCACGACUUUCGUCCGGGUCUACAUCUUCCCCAACCAGAUGUGGGUCGGGGUCAGCUUCUGCCUGUCUACAGCCAUUGCUAUAGAGCGUUGCGUCGCCGUCUUGUUCCCGUUUCACGUCGGUCGCGUCUUCACCCCCCAGCGCGUCCGUGUCGUCGUUGUCUUUAUCUACAUCUACAUGCUGGCUAUUUGCUGUCCCGUGUUCAACUACUACGACUACAGUUGGACAUUUGACCAGCGCUACAACGCCACCCUCCCUGAGUUUGUGUUCUCCCAGUACUACCUCGACCGCUUCGAUAGCUUAGAAAACUACCGCGGAUAUUUCGUCAACAAUUUAGUUUCCAACAUCCCUUUAAUAAUAAUUAUUAUUUGUUCCGUUUUUAUAAUAUACAAACUAAACUGCGGGAAAUCUAUGCCGAUAGCGCAAGGGUCGUCAAAAACUAGGAAUGAAAGAAAAAUCGCCAAAAUGUUAUUGACGGUGUGUUUGGUGACUUUUUUCACCUACCUGCCGUCAAGUGUGAUAGAUUCUUACCUGUCGUUUAUACCUGAGAAUUUGAACAACUCUCUCCAGUACAUCAAUGUCUGGCUGUAUCAGCUGAACGCGUCAUCUAACUUCAUCAUUUACGUCACUGUGAGCAAAAAGUUCCGAUUGAGCUACCACGAGCUGUUUUGUAAAUGUGUCAGAAGUAAAGUCACUAGAGAGAUCAGAAACCAAUAG